AUCACCACGUAUCUCAUUCCUCUCUCUCUGUUGUUUCCCCACCUCACAGGCCCGAGAGCGAGCGCACGCCAGGAAAUUGGCCAAGGGAGGGCGUUGGUGGAGUUUUGGGAGCAGUUCCUCCCAGCGUCCGGAGCAUAUUCCACGCCGGGAUCCCCUCCCGUCUUCCCCACAUAAACGCAGCCCCGCCCCCCCUUCCCCCGGGGAGAUAGAGGGACGAGGGACGUAGGACAGCAUGUGUUCUUGACGGGGAGUCCAAUCCAAAAGGUUGAUCUAUAUUCUAUGGAUGCUUCUUCAUCUAGCAUCCCAUUUUGAGAUGGAAAUAGAAUCGUAACUUCAUGGAAUUCUAAUAAAAUAAUUGGGCUCAGGAUGAAGAUCUAGUGCCAUGCUGUCCUAGGUUACCUGGUUAGUUUUUAGGAUAGCAAAACAGUCUCAGAUAGUGGGGAGGAUAUUCAUCCAACUUUCUGCCAAUUCUCCUUGCAGAGAGAGUACUGUAAUUACACAGACCUGUAUUUUGUUUAGGACCAAGAUAAGCUUAGUAGUCAUUAGUCAAACAGUACUGGAACAGUUGUUGCUGUCGUGAAAUACUUGUGUCAAGCAGUUCAACAGUCGACCAGCCUUUCUAGAUAAUUGUGCUUUCCUAAAGUGCCAUGGAGACUUCUGUAUCUCCGCCAGGCUCGUCAAAGCAAGCUGCUGUUCGCAGACCUUGUCCUGGAAGCUCUUUUAAGGAUCUGUGUUUUGUUUCAAAACAAGGGUCAAUAACUGAAGUUGAAUCUGCUUUGGCCUUGUUGAAAAAGAGUGGUGGAAGUGUGGACGGUAGAAAUGCAUUUGGCCUUAGUGCGCUACACCUUGCAACAUGGAGAAAUCACCUUCCAAUCGUGAGGAGGCUCCUAGAUGCUGGUGCUGAUCCAGAUGCAAGGGAUGGAGAAUCUGGCUGGAGCAGUCUCCACAGAGCACUUCACUUUGGCCACUUGUGUAUUGCUGGUGUUCUUCUGCAGUUUGGUGCAUCCCUCAAUUUGGAAGACACCAAGGGUCGCACACCUAUUGAUCUUCUCUCUGGUCCUGUAUCACAGGCCAAUGGGGAUUCUCAGGAUUCAGUUGCAACGGAAGUCUUCAGUUGGGGAAGUGGAACAAACUAUCAGCUGGGAACUGGCAAUGCCCACAUACAAAAACUACCAUGCAAGGUAGAAGCAUUGCAUGGGUCAUACAUCAAAACUGUUGCUGCAUCAAAGUUCCAUAGUGUAGCAGUUAGUUCUGAUGGUGAAUUGUACACAUGGGGAUUUGGUCGAGGUGGUCGUCUUGGUCAUCCGGAUAUUCAGAGUGGCCAGACGACGGCUGUGAUUACCCCUCGCCAAGUGACAGUAGGACUAGGCCGUAAACAAGUGAAUGUUGUGGCUGCAGCCAAACAUCAUACGGUGAUUGCUACAGAGGCUGGGGAAUUGUUUACCUGGGGAUCAAACAGAGAGGGUCAGCUUGGUUACCCUUCUGUUGACACCCAAGCAACACCAAGGCGUGUUAGUUCGCUUAAACAAAGGAUAAUUUCUGUAGCUGCUGCAAACAAGCACUCAGCUGCGGUCGCUGACACUGGUGAAGUGUUCACCUGGGGUUGCAAUAAGGAGGGCCAGCUAGGCUAUGGCACUUCAAACUCAGCAUCCAAUUGCAUUCCAAGAAUGGUAGAGUAUUUGAAAGGAAAAGUAUUGAAAGGUGUAUCUGCAGCAAAAUAUCAUACACUAGUGUUAGGGGCUGAUAGUGAAGUGUUCACUUGGGGGCAUCGCCUUGUGACCCCUCGCCGUGUUGUAAUAGCUAGAUGUCUUAAAAAGGGUGGAAAUACAAGCGUGAAGUUCCAUCGUAUGCAGCGACUUCAUGUGAUCUCAGUGGCUGCUGGAGUGAUGCACAGUACUGCUCUAACAGCUGAUGGUGCUAUUUUCAGCUGGGUUUCGUCAGAUCCUGAUUUAAGAUGCCAACAGGUAUUCUCAAUGUGUGGGAGGAAUGUUGUAAGCAUCUCGGCGGGAAAGUACUGGACUGCACUAGCUACGUCAACUGGUGAUGUGUUUAUGUUGGACGCAAAGAAACCACGCAAGGAUGAGACUCGAAUGUUUACUCGAGUGAAUGGUGUUAAGCGAGCAUCGUCAGUUUGUGUUGGUGAAACCCAUAUGCUUGUUCUUUCUAGUAUUUAUCAUCCCGAGUAUCCUCCCAAAACUAAAACUCAAGGCAAAAAGCCAUCGUUAGAAUGGAGCAGUGCGAUGGAAGAGCUCGAUGAAGACAUUCUUUUUAAUGAUGUCCAGCCUGAAACUGACCUAUCUGGAAGCAGCAGUGAAAUGAGUAGAGGCAUACCCAGUCUGAAAAGCCUAUGUGAGAAAGUUGCAAUUCAGCAUAUAUUGGAACCAAAGAAUGCUAUACAACUUCUUGAAGUUGCCGAUUCCUUGGAAGCCAAGGAGCUCAAGAAGCACUGUGAGGAUACAGCUGUUCGCAACCUUGAUUACAUUUUCACUGUGGCAGCCCCUUCAAUUAUGAAUGCUUCUCCUGAAAUUCUUGCAAACUUAGAGAGAUUACUGGACGAAAAAUCCUCAGAGCCCUGGAGUCACCGCCGUCUUCCUACAAUGACGGCUACUUAUCCUGCUGUCGUUGAUAGUGAUGGAGAGGGAGAUGACGCAGGAGGGUUCUCUAGGCUCAGGGACAGUCAGAAGCCUGCAUCAAAAUCAUAUGGAACGUCAAGUUAUGGUACCUUCUUUCAGAAAGAAAGCAAUGCUGAACAAGCUGUCUCUAAGCAGAUUAGGGCACUUCGCAAGAAACUGCAGCAGAUUGAAAUGCUUGAGGCUAAACAACUGGAUGGUCAUCAGCUUGAUGAUCAACAGCUGGCAAAGCUUGAGUCUAGGGUCGCCCUUGAAAGUGAACUUGCAGAGCUUGGCUUUCCAUCAGACGCAUUUUCAAUACCUUUGCUUAAUCUUCCAGAAGGAAGGGCAAACAAAAAACCUGAGGGAUCUAAGAAACAGAGGAAGAACAGCAAGCAGGCAGCACAAUCUGAUAUCCCCCCUAUAAAACAUGAGGCCAAGGAGCAAAACCAUAUUAAGGAGCUUCCAGAUGUCUUACCAAUCCGUGGUUCUUCAGAAAAGGAAGCAAGCGCUACUGGGCCAAUGAAAACAUCGGAGGAUGUCACUUUAAAUAGCACAAAAACCAUCUCUUGUACAUCAGGGAACAAAGCUUCCCGGCCAACUUCAUCAAAGAAGAAGAAUAAGAAAGGUGGCUUGUCAUUGUUUCUGAGUGGUGCUCUUGAUGACACCCCAAAACCAAGCCCGCCUAUCCCUGUUGUGCCUGUCAUACCAAAACAGGAAGGUCCUGCCUGGGGUGGUGCUAAGAUAACAAAAGGACCUGCUUCCCUUCGUGAUAUUCAAAGCGAGCAGAAGUCAAAAACAAACGAGCUGAUCACAACCAAGGGAAAAGACCGCCAUGGGGAUUCACCUGACAGUGCUGGGCGUAUGCGGCUUUCCUCAUUCAUGCCAGAUACGUGUUCAAGUCCUAUAUCUGUUACGUCUGCUCGUGCUGUUCCUGCUCAUGAUGGGGAUAAGAGCACACCACCUUGGUCUUCUUCAGCUACCUCCCCCAAUGUAUCACGGCCUUCACUCAGGGACAUACAGACGCAGCAGGAGAAACGGCACCAUGGCAUCAUUUCCCAGAGUCCAAAAACCCGGACAUCAGGCUUCGCCAUACCAUCCCAGAGUGCAGCACCAGAGGUCUCUUGCGUGAAGGACAACAACGUUCCCAGCCGCUGGUUCAAACCAGAGAUCGAUGCUCCGUCCUCCAUCCGCUCGAUCCAGAUUGAGGAGCAAGCGAUGAAGGACUUCAAGCGCUUCUACACCAGCGUGAGGAUCAUGAAACCGCAGGUCUAGCGAUGAACCGCUGCCGCCUCAAACUCCGAAGAGCUACUGAUCUUGUUUAGGCUCACCCUACCCAAUGUACAUUCAAGUGUACAGUCAGUUCCUGUUAACUGUAGGCCCCUUCCAUCGAAUAAACUCUGAAAGCCUGUGCUGUUGUUUAUCGCAGAAAUGGACUCAUCUAGCUAUGAGACCACCCUGCUUUGUGUAACUUCUACUAAUGGUCAUAAACUGGUGCUGAUGUGCAAUCAGGCUGCCAGUUGGCACUUGCCGUUUCAUUUAUUUGAAGCCUUUUUACCUGGGUUA